AGUGUUUUUUGCAGAAAAAAAUUGUGUUUGGUACGUGGAGAGCAAGCUAAAACCCAGACUGAAGACUUAAAAUUCGAGUAACAAAGCAAUACCCAAUGUCUCCGUAGUUCUUCUUUCACUUGGUUCUUGGUCUUCUUAAUAACAGAAGGUUCUACGCCUCUGUGUAUCGAAUAUCGAUAAUGUUGCUUCAGAUUCCUCGCUUCUCAAAUUCUCUCAGAGACCCCUUCGAUGUCGACCAGGCCUAUCUUCAUCGCAAAACCAUUCUCCACAACCGAAAGCCUCCUCGCAAUGCUGCGAGGUCGCUUGAUGAAUCGGAACUCGCGCGGAAGAUUGUGUACGGUUGGGAAGAAGCAGCUUCUGUGGAAGUGCAUCAGACCUCCAAGCAGUUUAUAGGAGCUGUGGUGGACUUGGUUGAUGGAGAAAUUCCAUCUGAGGAGUUCCAUGAGGUGGCGCUGGCGGUUUACCGACUUUUCGGCAGACCAAUGGAGGAGGGGGUUCUAUUGACAGAAUCCUUUCUGUAAAUAAGUUAGUGUUGGCUUUUCAAGUUUUGACAGUUGUUACAGAUUUGAAGCGCUUGAACUUGAAUAGUGUGUUUUUUGUGUUUUCACUUGCACUUUGUGACCAUGUGUUAGGUUGUAUAUGUCUUUUUGGAUCUAAAUAAUUUAAUGAGUCUUGAUAAAUAUCAUUUAGAGGACUUGAACACAUUGUUGUGGGGAAGUUCUAUAAAUUUGUAUUGCUAUGUGCAUAUUGCAAAAUGCAGAGGCCAUAUAUAAUAUGGUUUAAUUAUUUGGUUGAUUA